CACACACAGACACUUACACACACUUAUCCACACACACGCGCACGCACACACACUUAUCCACACACACACACACCUCGAACGCGCAUCUCUUUAGGGAAAGCGCGCCGGGACGCACCGCACGCGCAUCAGUGUCUCCGGUUAAGCUCGUGAGCAUCUUCUCUGCCGGAACCAGAAUGGCACUGAGACGGAUGUUGAGCUCGUAACGCUUCCUUUAUUUCUAUUUUCUCACGCGGUUCCGUGUCGCGGCACUGAUCCAUGGCCUCGAACGUGACGCGCAACUGGACCAAUCAGUUCGCGCAGCCGCCGUGGCGCGUGGCUCUGUGGUCGGUGGCGUACGGUUCGGUUCUGACCGUGGCCCUGUUCGGGAACCUGGUGGUGGUGUGGAUCAUCGUGGCUCACCGGAGGAUGCGCACCGUCACUAACUACUUCCUGCUGAACUCCGCGUUCUGCGACGCCGCCAUGGCCGCCUUCAACACGCUCAUUAACUUCAUCUACGCGGCGCACGGGGACUGGUACUUCGGAGAGGCGUACUGCAAGUUCCACAACUUCUUCCCCGUCGCCGCGGUGUUCGCCAGCAUCUACUCCAUGACCGCCAUCGCCAUGGACCGGUACAUGGCCAUCAUCCAUCCUCUGAAGCCCAGAUUAUCAGCCACAGCCACUAAAGUGGUCAUUGUGUGUAUCUGGGUUCUUGCCGUGGUUCUGGCAUUCCCUCUCUGCUUCUACUCCACCAUCAGGAGUCUACCUCGAAGAACCAUCUGCUACGUCGCUUGGCCAAGACCAGCUGAAGAUUCAUUAAUGUACCACGCCAUAGUGUCUGUGCUGGUCUACAUGCUGCCCCUAGUGGUGAUGGGAAUUGCUUACACCAUAAUUGGAGUGACGCUGUGGGGAAGCGAAAUUCCAGGAGACUCGUCAGACAACUACCACGGCCAGCUACGCGCCAAGAGGAAGGUCGUAAAGAUGAUGAUUGUUGUAGUGGUGACCUUUGCCCUUUGCUGGCUGCCGUAUCACGUGUACUUUAUUGUCACUGGACUGAACAAACAGUUAAACAAGAGGAAAUCCAUUCAGCAGGUUUACCUUUCAGUGCUGUGGCUGGCCAUGAGCUCCACCAUGUACAACCCCAUCAUCUACUGCUGCCUCAACAACAGGUUCAGAGCGGGCUUCAAAAGGGCUUUCCGGUGGUGUCCUUUCAUCCGUGUAUCGAGUUAUGACGAGCUGGAACUGCGUACAGCGCGACUCCACCCACGUAAUCGCAGCAGCAUGUGCACGCUGUCCCGCGUCGACACCAGCGUCCUUGGCGACGACCCUCGCCAUGCCAACCGCAAGAGCACCAAGUCUCUGAACCACAGUGAGAUCAACAGCGCCAAAGCGAGUCCUCCUCCCACCAAAUACGGCCUGUACACCGACACAAGCUCCGCCUCCAAGCACUUCGACUGACAGCCACGAAAAACACGCUGAAAUUUUAACUUCGGAGUAGCAACCAUUUCUGUGUGAUUUCAUCUUGCUGAAAGCACUGAACCUCCUGGCAGAGGCAACCAGGUCAGAAUUCAAGACGUUAUCAUGGUGAAAUAAAAAUGUUACAAAAAUGUGAUUGUAGUUGUUAAGUCUGUUGCUCUAAAAAUUGUUUAUAUGGUUAAUAUUUAAUAUAAAUUUUAUGUGUCGUGUUGGUGGAACAUCUAAGGGACAAAACAUUGCUAGUGAACAGAUGGUUAAAUCUGGUGCAUUAUUUCAAAAGAAAACAUUAACAGAUGAUGCAGUCAGUUUAGCACUGAAUAUUAUUAACUGUAUUAAAGCCAACCAGCUGUUUUACAAAUUACAUUUUGUGAGAAUUUCGAUGUGUUGUCUGACAAAGAGUGGGAAUUAAUGAAUGUAUUUGAGAACAAAACAUUAACUGUCAGGUAUUUUAGGGUAAAGUCUGUAUGGAUGGUGUACUGUAUUUCUGCUGUGUUUAAACUUGUCUAUCCAGAAGACAUAAAUAAGGAUUUGUCAUAUAUAUUAAAUUUUGCAGUAAAUUUGUGAGGUUUGAUGAUUUCCAGUCGUUUCGUGCCAUGUUCAUAAAAAUAAGCUUGUAAUACUGUGACUGAUAUUCAAACAUGUUUAUUUUGUGAUGAAUAAAAGUGACUUGGAGACGUCAUGCUUUAAAAUUCCUUGUCCAAUCACUGAUAUUCUAACAGUCAGACCUGAUUUAUAGGAAAUUAAUCAACACCUUCUGAUCAAUAAGAAUAUAAUUAUAGUGCUGUGGUGUAAGCAUGUGGUGUAAGAAAGACGAGGCAGUUUUUCACCAUAAACACUGUGACACAAUCGUCAAUGUCCGAUCUUUAAUCCGAUCUUAUUAAUGGAGGGAAAUACAGACUGGUUCAGGCUGUUGCAGCUCUUAAAUUCCUACAUCUCCAUGUGAAAACGAGUUAAUCUUUUACUAGCUUAGUGCCUGCAUGUGACUUC